ACCAUUGAUAUUUUACAUGUAUAAAACAUCCGUAAAGUUCUCCUGUGUAUUGGAAAGGAAGUGAAGCCGGAGCGGAAUGGAUGCCGACGCGUCCAGCGCUGCCUUGCGGGCGGUGCCCACAGGUGUCGGAUUGCAGCGCCGUCAUCGCGGCGAAGGAUGGAGCAGGGUCGGCCGGGAAAUGGACUGCAUUGAUGACGCUGGCAUGAGAGCUUCGCUACUGCACUCAGUAAUUUCGGUCCUGUGGGAGUUUCGUCGAUCUUGCGUGGGAUAAAUCGUACGAAGACUGAAGUAAAACUUCCCUAGAAAGAGGAUAAAUGAAAUGCCCUCAAUACUAUGAAUACAGGGGCACGGAGGAAAUAAUCGCCAUUCAUCAGAAAGCCUCUCCCUUCAUACAACCACGGACGACUUCCUUUCUCCCAUUUUUCUUAAGGAUUGAUUUAAUAUUACAGAAAUUAUAGUUAUGCACGUGACUUAUUUGUGUCACUUCCACUGAACUUCGGAUCAGUUUGGCAAAGGGCACGAGUACAGCAUUCUUUGAGUUCCCGGAAUUCCCCAAAAAAAGGUCAAGACGGUGCAAAGAUCUUUCCCCAAAAUGCCUGGUAAUGAAGUGAAACAACGAAAGAAAAUCCAGCCGCAGGGAAAUAAUAAUGCCGCGUUGGAUCAAACUCUACAGCAGACCUACGAUAAACGUGAGAAGACAGCGGGCGACAAACUGAGGAUCGCGUCGGGUGAUGCCGAGAAAUCAUCUUCCUUUCCACCAGACAUAAAAACAUGUGUCUGUCUGUUCUUCACUGUUGUCUGCCUGGGACUCGCAUGGAUUGUCUUGCAGCAAAAUGCAAGGUUUUCCGACCUUGAAGAAAAGUACAGACUCAUGAACAGAAAGGCAGGAGACCUCCAGGAAUUGCACGUUGAUGUCAGUAGAAUUUCACAGAAGUUUGAGAGCCUCCCUGAUGUGCUGAGGAGGCUGGAGGCUCAGCUGGCACAGGCUCAGGUGGAGAAGCUAGAGGUGGAUGUGGAGGAACUGAAGAGAUGGAUGGCGGCCGUGGUGGAGAAGCGGGAAGGGCUGCAGGUCAACUUGGUGGAGCUAAUGCAGGCUGUGCGGCACAUGGAGGAACGCACUGCCACCGUGGCCAAGGAUGCUGCUGCCCAGGUCGCAUCAGCGCGGACAGACAUGAGGCGGAUGUCGGGCCUGGGCGCAGAGACGGAGGCCCUGCUGGAACGCAUGGCAGUGCUGGAAGGGAGGGUCGCGCGGGCAGAGACGGCCAUGGCCAAGCGGAUCGGUGACCUGCUGGCAGGAAGCAUCGAGCGGGUUUCAGCCCUGAGGGGCCUAUCAGAGCGCAACAGCCAGGCAGCAGAGAAGCUAUGGCGGGGUGCAGCCAAACUGGAGGCGGCUGAUGGUGAGCUAGCAGGCCGCCUCUUAGCCCUAGAGGAUAGCCGUGCCCGGCUGCUCAAGACAGUGACCUUCGCCUCUGACCUGAAGCCCAAGGUGGCCACCAUCCGCAGGGAGCUGUCCACGCUGGAGCCGCUACUGAGCGACCUAAUCCUGCGCAUUGGACACCUGGCCCAGGAUCUGGGGCGCAGGGAGGAGGACAUCGCCCUGCUGUGGGAUGCCCUCACCAGCCUGAAUGUCUCAAAGUAAUCACUUGUCCAGGUGCCUGGCUAGAGCCACAAUGUCCUCAGCAGAUGCUUUCCUGGCCAUGUUCCCAUGGAGACAUGUCACAGGAUGGUGGCAAGAAGGGGAAUCUCCUCAGCUUACAAACUUCAGUGGCAUACAAAAUUUACAUAAAAGUCAAGUACUGUUGUCAGAAUCAGAAUCACUUUAGUUUGCCAAGUAUGUUACAUGAGGAAUUUGUCUUGGUACGUGCACACGUGAUUGACUUGUAACAUAUCACAAACUGGACUGUUAGUUUUUUCAUUUCCUUAAAUAUAUGAAAAUCAAAGUAAAGGAUAAAAAUAAUGUAAUGAGUGGAGGAAAUAGACAUAAGAAUAUUUGAUAAGAACAUAAGAAAUUUACAAAUGAGAGGAGGCCAUUCGGCCCAUCAAGCUCCUUUGGGGAGAACUUAACUAAUAGCUCAGAGUUGUUAAAAUCUUAUCUAGGUCUUAUUUAAAGGAACCCAGGGUUUUAGCUUGCGCUACACUAGCAGGAAGACUAUUCCAUACUCUAACUACAUGCUGUGUAAAGAAGAGCUUCUCAAAUUCAUUUAAAAAUGUUCCCCCCUCUAAUUUCACUUAUGACCACAAGUUCUAGUAUUUAAACUAAUAUUAAAGUAGCGAUUUGGCUGAACAGCAUCGAGACCUGUUAGAAUCUUGCCACAGGAUCUAAUUUAGAUUAGAUUAGAUUAGAUUAGAUUAGAUUCAACUUUAUUGUCAUUACACAUGUAUAAAUACAGGGGCAACGAGAUUUAUCAUGCAUAUGAAAAUUAAAAUCACCAUUUAUAACAAAACAAUCAAGCUUCGUAUAUUCCACUUUUAAAACAAUGACUUUCACGCACAGAGCAUGUUUGAGUUCCAUCGUAGGGGACAAGUAUUGAAAGGAAGUGAGUGUCCAAGUCAACUCUACUGCACUUCAUGUCUUCCCGAAAGAUAUCUGCCACACCGCCACCUUUCUGACCUUGCCUGUUCAUAAACAAAAACCCACAGUUUGAGACCCUGCCUCAAGAAUAGCAGCUGGCCCGGAUGAGUCAAAUCUCCAUCAAACACAGUAUAUCCAGAAAGAAGGUCAUCAAUAAAAUAUAUUUAUUGAUGGAUCUGACGUUAAAAACAGCCAUUGUAAAACAUUCAGCAGAAUAUCACUUUUUGAAUUUAACAAAAUAGUACGCAAAUAUUACUGCUGGUGGACAUUCUGUAUGAAAUUAUCUGUUCGAUAUGAUUAUUCAUAUUAUUACAAACAGACUUAGAAGUGGCAGCAUGAUGUGUACCUUGAGUAUCCUGCAACUGGUACCUGGACAUUCAUAAAAAUUUUUAAAUGUUCUCCACAAACAUGAAGCCUCCAUUUUGAUUCAGGUGUAGUCCAUCCUUCCUGUAUGGGUAAGAUCUCACCCAGAAAGUGUCCCAGUUAUAUCAAGGCUCCGGGCCCUCAAGAUCCUGCAUGUGACAAGUGGGUAUAGAAAAUGGAUGGAUAUUUU